AUGAGAACAAGCCACCGGAUUUCUUCGGCAGCAGCUAUUGCAGCAGAAUCUGCUGCUGCUGCUGCAACUCCCUCGCGAGCAGCAGCAGCAGCAGCAGCAGCAGCACGCUUUGGCCGCACAGGGCCUCCAGGCUCAGCAGCUCCUUCCCUUCCCCCUCCUCGCAGAAACAGCAGCAGCAGCAGCAGCAGCAGCAGCAGCAGCAGCGUCUCCCUCAAGACUGUGCGUGCUGCUCCUGCUAGCAAGUCUCCUGCAUUUAAAGUGGGGCAGACACGAGCAGCAGCAGCAGCAGCAGCAGCAGCAGCAGCGGCAGCAGCUGCUGCAGCCGCAGCGCCAGCAGCAGAAGCGACUCUGCAGCAGCGCAGCAGCAGCAGACUGCAUGCCCUGCUUACUGAAGCCCACGGCUCCCCAACCUGCGGCAGCAGCAGCAGCAGCAGCAGCAUGAGCAGCAAGGGCGAGUUCAAUGCAGCUCUGCAGCAGCUCUCGCAUUCGCUUAAUGCUGAUGCCCCUGCAGCAGCAGCUGCAGCAGAAGCAGCAGCAGCAGCAGCAGCAGCAAGGGGCGAUUCGCCGGUCUCUCGAGAAGAGCAGCAGCAAAUGAGUGUGGACAACAGCCAUGACUUGCUCGGUGACUCAGCUGCAGCAGCAGCAGCAGCAGCAGCAGCAGCAGCAGCAGAUGCAGAUGCAGCAUCAGUUGCUGCAGCAGACACAGCCACGGAAGCAGCAGCAGAUGGGGCAACGGAAGCAACAACAGACGCAGCAGCAGACACAGCAACAGAAGCUGCAGCAGACACAGCAACAGAAGCAGCAGCAGACACAGCAACAGAAGCAGCAGCAGACACAGCAACAGAAGCAGCAGCAGACACAGCAACGGAAGCAGCAGCAGAUGGGACAGAAGCAGAUUUAGACACAGAGGAAGCAACAUACCAGGAGACCCUGGACAGCGACCCGGAAGCAGCAGCAGAGCAGCAGCAGCAGCAGCAGCAGCAGCAGCAGCGCAGGCUGUCUUCCAGGCGCCGCCAGGGCACUGCCGUGGCAGUGGCCCGCAGCAGCAGCCGCAGCAGCAGGGGCUCUUCGGCCCGCCGCUCAGCAGCAGCAGCAGCAGCAGCAGCAGCAGCAAAAGG